AGUUGAGAAACCCUAAUCAGAACAUGCAGUGUGUUUUCCUUGGGAUAAUUCAAAAUGUCAAGGAAGUGGACAAUUUAUUCUUGCUUCUUGUGGUGAAUAGCUAGCUUGAAUCACCAUCUUUGCAUCUAAAAAGAAGGUAUUAGAUGUCAACAAAGAUGAGUUGCUUUUCGUGUUGCAUGUCCGAAGAGCAAGUCAGCCAAAAAUCAUUGAAGAAAAGCAUCAAGGAAUAUAAAGACACGAAAACUUUGGCCUCCUUUGCUAACAUAUCCUUCAAGUCUGAUGGAAGCAAGAGGAGGUACAUUGCUGAAGAGAUAGCGAAGAUCGGAAAAGGGAAUAUUACUGCUCAGAUUUUCACAUUCAAAGACCUGUCUGCUGCAACCCAGAACUUCAACCCUGACUGCUUGGUGGGUGAAGGAGGCUUUGGCCGAGUUUACAAAGGGCACAUUGAAAGCUCAAAUCAAGAUGUGGCGGUUAAGCAACUUGACAGGAAUGGAUUCCAAGGAAACAGAGAAUUCCUUGUGGAGGUGUUGAUGUUGAGCCUUCUUCACCACCCUAACCUUGUCAAUUUAGUCGGGUAUUGCGCUGAUGGAGAUCAGAGGAUCUUAGUGUAUGAGUUCAUGGCCAAUGGUUCUCUGGAGGAUCAUCUUCUUGACUUAGCUCCAAAUAAGAAGCCUCUGGAUUGGUGCCAAAGGAUGAAAAUUGCAGAAGGUGCAGCAAGAGGACUCGAGUACUUGCACGAAACAGCGAACCCUCCAGUGAUUUACCGUGAUUUCAAAGCAUCAAACAUACUAUUAGAUGAGGAUUUCAAUCCGAAGCUGUCUGAUUUUGGGCUAGCCAAGCUCGGUCCAACCGGUGACAAGAGCCAUGUAUCCACAAGGGUGAUGGGAACUUAUGGCUAUUGUGCGCCUGAGUAUGCAUUGACGGGUCAGUUGACAACGAAGUCCGAUGUGUACAGCUUUGGAGUAGUGUUUUUGGAGAUAAUCACAGGGAGGAGAGUCAUAGACAAUGCAAGACCAAGUGACGAGCAGAAUUUGGUUACUUGGGCACAACCUCUAUUCAAAGACAAAAGAAAGUUCACAUUAAUGGCUGAUCCAUUGUUGGAAGGCAAAUACCCCAUAAAAGGACUGUACCAAGCUCUUGCAAUCGCUGCAAUGUGUCUCCAAGAGGAAGACAGUGUUCGACCUUUGAUCAGCGACGUGGUAACUGCCCUCGAGUUCUUGUCUACAGGAAGCAAAGAUGAAGAUGAGGAGGAGGGGGAUGCAGAAGAAAAGACGAAAUUGCCCUCGGCCUCGGGUAGAAAUAUAGCUGAAGGUGUUGAAAAGAGUUCACAUGAUGGUGCUAGCGAAAGAGAUUGAUCAGAAACUUAUCAUUUGAUUUUCUGUUUUUCCUUUUGAUGAGAACAUUGUGUAUUCUUGGAGAUCCAAUUGUAACAUAAAAUUUGGAAAAACUGGUUUGCGACGGACACAUAAAA